CUGCCCGCCCAGACGCCGCUUCUCCCGGCCUCCCGGCCUCGGCUCCGCGGAGGGAGCGGAAAUGAGUGCGGCGUCGGCGUCGGCGCCCGAGCGGGGUUGGAAGAGCGAGAAAGUGGACGAGGCUCAGGCCCUGGCGCGGAGUUGCGCUGCCCGCAGACCCGACUUCCAGCCGUGCGACGGGCUUUCCAUCUGUGCCACGCACAGCCACGGCAAGUGCUUCAAGCUGCACUGGUGCUGUCACCUAGGAUGGUGUCACUGCAAAUACGUGUAUCAGCCCAUGACCCCCGUGGAGCAGCUUCCAAGCACUGAGAUUCCUGCGAAGCCUCGGGAACCCACAAACACCAUUCAGAUCUCAGUGUCACUCACUGAACACUUUUUGAAAUUUGCAUCUGUCUUCCAGCCGCCCCUCCCCCCUGAUUCACCAAGGUACUGUAUGAUCUCAGACCUCUUCAUCGACAACUAUCAGGUUAAAUGCAUUAAUGGGAAGAUGUGUUAUGUGCAGAAGCAGCCAGCGCCACAUUCCCACAAAAUGAGCCCCGAGGAGGUCUCUGCACACGAUGCCUUAAUUUCAAGAGAGAGCAAUACACCAAAAAUAGAUCACUGCUCUUCUCCCUCAAGUUCUGAGGACUCCGGGAUCAAUGCAAUCGGGGCUCACUAUGUGGAAUCGUGUGAUGAGGACACAGAAGAAGGAGCAGAACUGAGUUCCGAGGAAGAUUACAGUCCCGAGAGCAGCUGGGAGCCGGAUGAGUGCACCCUUCUCUCCCCUUCACAGUCUGAUCUGGAAGUGAUUGAGACAAUAGAAACCACCGUGUGAGAGUCCAGGCAGGAAGCCACGCCUCUGAUCCAUGCUGAGCCUUUGUACUUUUGUCUGAUGGAUCCUUUUUCCAAUGCAGUUGGUAUUUUCUACCCCUCUCUAACAACUGUAGCAGUUCAGUGGUCUGCUGAUUAGCAUCACUCUUACAUUAGUCUUAUAACUAAGACAUUCUUUUUCUUAUAAAUGGUUUUCU